UCCUGUGCUCUUUUGGCCCUUUAGGCCUUCCAUAACCCAGGCUCCUGCUCCGUCUCCCUCCUUCCUCGUCUGUCUGUCGCAUUUCAGCCGGAGGAGCCUCGGGGUCGAAGGUUCUGCCCUGCUCGCCUCGACCUCCACCUCUGCACGGCUCCCAAAUCUCCGAUUAUCCGAUUACAGCCGUCUCGGACACUUUAGCGGACGAGCCUCGCGCGUUUGGAGCUGACGGGGGAAAAAGUUGCGGAUUUUGGGCGGCGGGCGUUGAGUGAUGCCCGCUGCGUGGCGCGUUGAUCCUGUUGCCCCCCGCUGACCUGCCCAUGACCCCAGGAAGCGGCGUAAUGGCGCGCCGAGGCUCCUCCCACUCGAAGGUGACCAUCACGGUAGACGAGUACAGCUCGAACCCAACGCAGGCCUUCACACACUACAACAUCAACCAGAGCCGCUUCCAGCCUCCUCAUGUGCACAUGGUGGAACCCAUUCCGUACGAUGCCCCUAAACCAGCAGGUCACACACGCUUCGUCUGCGUCUCGGACACACACUCGAGGACAGAUGGGAUCCAGAUGCCGUACGGCGACGUGCUGCUCCACACCGGGGACUUCACUGAACUCGGCCUCCCGUCUGAGGUGAAGAAAUUUAACGACUGGUUAGGAAGUCUGCCCUACGAGUACAAGGUGGUCAUCGCCGGGAACCACGAGCUGACGUUCGACAAGGACUUCAUGGCCGACCUGGUCAAGCAGGACUACUACCGCUUCCCCUCGGUGUCCAAGCUGCGGCCUGAGGACUUUGAUAACGUUCAGUCUCUGCUCACGAACUGCAUCUACCUGCAGGACUCCGAGAUCACGAUCAAAGGCUUCAGGAUAUACGGGACCCCGUGGACGCCCUGGUUUAAUGGAUGGGGCUUUAACUUGCCUCGUGGUCAGUCUCUGCUGGACAAGUGGAACCAGAUCCCUGAGGACAUCGACAUCCUCAUGACUCACGGGCCUCCUCUGGGGUUCAGGGACUGGGUACCUAAGGAGCUGCAGAGAGUGGGCUGUGUGGAGUUACUCAACACGGUACAGAGACGGGUUCGACCCAAACUCCACGUCUACGGAGGGAUCCAUGAAGGUUACGGUCUGAUGACGGACGGAUACACGACCUUCAUCAACUCGUCUACGUGUACAGUCAGUUUCCAGCCCACCAACCCACCCAUCGUAUUCGACCUUCCCAACCCGGGAAGCUCGUGAACCUCCCUCCUCUUUAACUCCCCUCCUUUGUUUUCUACUCUCCAAUUCUUCUUAUCUUUAAAGUAAUGGUCUUUUUGUACUGCUUGUAUUUAAAAAAAAUGAAUGCAUGGAUAUGUAAUAUUUUUAAAAAAAUAAGAUCAUACCAUUUAAAUAAUGAUUUGCUGGGGAGGGGAAAAAAAAGGAAAAAUGGUGAAUUCAUAUUUAUGGUUCAUUUGUAUCGGUUGCCUUGUUCAAUUUGUUUUAGUCUAUAGUAUCUAAAGUGCAUUAUAAGGUACCAGAAGAGGCUCAGCAAUAUACGUUCUCACAGCAGGAGUGGACUUUCAACAAGAAAAUUCCGGUCUGAGAUUAAACAUCAGUUGCAAGGUUUUAAGUUACGUGACUUUUUGCUCCCAGGAUGCUUUGCGGUUAUAUUUAUUGGUCAGAUCGAUAAAUCUUCAAGACAUUUUGUCCCUUCUCCACUGUAACAUCCAGGAAAAAAAACUUUCACGAGGUACUUGAUGAAAAUCGGUUCUGUCUCUUUUUCAAAUUUCUUUAAUUCCAUUGCCGUGUCACAUUUCUGACCGCCUCGACCGUCCGGCUCAUGUCCCACAAUUCACAAAAAAAACAUUAAAAAUAUUUACAGUAUUGUGAACCAUCAUACGUUUUGACACUUGCUGUGAUAUUUAAAAAUAAUAUUUAAUUAUUAUAAUAAUAAUAUUGGCACCAGUUCAGGCUCGUGCUGCUCGAAUUUUGAUAGCGCUUUUUGUAUUUUGUUCCUGCCUCGCUCGUGAUUUCUUUAUCGGCCGAUGGUCUGUUCAAGGUCCAUUAAAAAUGUACAGAUUUUUUUUAAAUCAAGCCAAACUUAAAUGUUGCUUCAACAAGGAGCUCGGAAAAAAACAAAAAAUCUUUGCAGCUGCUUUGAGCCCAUGGUUAUUAUUCUGGUUCUGGUUUACUUUCUCAUCUCCGCCCGGUGGAUCGUGUUGUGUUUGUUGUUAUGUCGCACAGACAGGACGAAAAAAAUAUAUAUAUAUUGCCAUGAUGUCAUUGGUGCCAUUUGUAAAUGCCUUGUUUCUAUGUUCAUGAGACUUUUUUUCUUAAUUCAUCGUGUCAUUUAGCUGACUUUAUAUGCAAAUAAAAAAACUGCAAGAUUUUUA